CGCUCGCGCUGGGAACGGGCGAGAGGAACGGAAAAUGGCGGACCUCGAAGACGUUACGCUGGACGGGAGACCGCUCCAGUCCCUUCGGGUAGCGGACCUUAAAGCCGCCCUGGAGGAGCGAGGACUCCCGAAAAGCGGACAUAAAAAUGCUCUCAUCAAAAGACUCAAAGGGGCGCUCAUGCUGGAGAAUCUGCAGAGGACUUCCACCCCUCACAUUGGACUGCAGCCCAACUCUCAGAUUGGAGAGGAAAUGAGCCAGAACAGCUUUAUCAAGCAGUAUCUGGCGAAACAACAGGAGCUCCUGAGGCAGCGUCUGGAGAGAGAGGCUCGUGAGGCAGUUGAAACUGAUGACCAAGAGGACCACACAGAAGUCAACAACAGCACCUCAUGUCCUGCUCCAUCUGAGGAUGCCAAACCAGUGUUGGCCGAUCAGCAUAAGCCACCCGGCCCCUCAGAUGGAGAGGGCUUAGCAGGCCCAGCGAAUGCAGGAGACCCGAACAGGAACCAGGAGGCCAAUAUGUCCGAUCCUCCUGCCUCAGCCUUGGCUACACCUGCUCCUGGCUCUGUUGCCAUGCGCUUUGCUAGCAGUGACCUUAGGCCAGAGAGGCUUCCCACAUCCAGCCAAGUCCUGGCAGACAGCGAUGAUGAGGAUAGCGAGGAGGGCAGGGAGGAUGGUGAAGACGAUGACUGGGACAGCAGUGUUAGGAGGAGGAGCCUUGGAGAGCCAGCCAGAGUGCCUGUGACCAGGGAAAGAUCUGGAGCAUCCCGCCAACCUCAGCAGCAGCACAUCCCUUCCCUCUUGUCUCCACAACUCCGCCAGCCAACACCCCCCCCUUCCCCACCUCCGGAGUUAUCAUUUCCCCUACCUGACACCCCCAAACAGAGCCCCCCUAGUCCAGAUGUGCCCUCAGCUAGGCAGCGCGCAUCCAGUACCUCCAGUUCUGCAUCGUCUAGUAGCGGCAGCCGCAGCAGCAGCCCAGAGCCACAGAGAAGUGGACAUGCUGAGCGCAAGCCUGGUCCGUUGACCCUACUGGCACGCAAAAUGGAGUCUGAAGGGGCAUUCUCUGGAGCUGGGUGGCAUGGCCAUGAUGGGGGCGGAGGUAGGCCAGACAACGGUUCCACUUCAGCUGCACUGUUUCCUGGCAAAGGGCCUCCAGAGGGUAUGGUGUCUGCUGCCUCCCAUACAGUCAACACCACAGACAGUGUGCCACUUCCCAUGAUUCCAGGCACCAACCAGGGUGCCAUUGGAGGACAUGCACCCCACAGUCAAGUACCUGUGAGUGUGCUCAGGGCCACUGCAACAGGAGAGAGGGACUCUCAGUUAGAAAGAGAAAGGGUCCUUGAGCAAGAGAGACUUAGAGCCCUGGAGUUGGAAAGACAAGAGAGGCAAAGGAUGCUUGAGGAAGAGCAGGAAAGAGAGAGAGCUUUGGAGCGAGAGAGGUUAGAGCGACAGCAGGCCUUAGAAAGAGAGGAAAGGGAAAAAGCCUUGCAGCGAGAGAGGGAACUCGCUGCAGAGCGAGAGAGGGAGGAGAGAGAGAGAGCUUUAGCUAAAGAAAGAGAAGAGAGAGAACAAGCCCUAGCGAGAGAAAGAGAGAAGGAGCUUGAAAAACAGAGAGCCCUGGAGAGAGAACGAGAGGAGAGGGAAAGGGCUUUGCAACAAGAAAGAGAAGAACAGGAGAGAGCCAUGGAGCUAGAAAGAGCCAGGUUGUUGGAGCAACAACGGGAGGAGAGAGAGAAGGCUCUUGAGCAAGAGAGGUUAGAGAGGGAAAGAGCUUUGGAGGCAGAGAGAAAGGAGAAAGAGAGAAUUGAAAUAGAAAAGGCUUUGGAGCUAGAAAGACUGGAAAGAGAAAAGGCUUUGGCACGAGAGAGGGAGCAGAAAGAGAGAAUGGAGAGGGAAAAGGCCUUGGAGCGAGAGAGGUUAGAGAGGGAAAAAGCCUUAGAACUACAGCGAUUGGAGAGGGAGAAGGCUUUGGAGCAAGAGAGAUUGGAGAGGGAGAAAGCCUUGGAGCAAGAGAGAUUGGAGAGGGAGAAAGCCUUGGAGCAAGAGAGAUUGGAGAGGGAGAAAGCCUUAGAGCAAGAGAGGCUGGAGAGGGAGAAAGCCUUGGAGCAAGAGAGAUUGGAGAGGGAGAAAGCCUUGGAGCAAGAGAGGCUGGAGAGGGAGAAAGCCUUAGAGCAAGAGAGGCUGGAGAGGGAGAAAGAGAGGCUAGAGCACGAGAGGAAGGAAAAAGAAAGGGUAGAGAGAGAGAAAGCCUUGGAGCAAGAGCGAAUAGAGAGAGAAAAGGCCUUGCAGCAAGAGAGGGAGGAAAAAGAGCGAGCAGAGAGAGAAGCUGCUCUGGAACGGGAGAGGGUGGAGAAGGAGAGAAGAGAAAAGGCUUUAGAGCAAGAAAGGCUGGAGAGAGAACGAAUUCAAGAGCAGGAAAGACUGGAGAAGGAGAGGAAGGAGCGAGAGAGAGCCUUACAACAAGAAAAGGAAGAAGCCCUUGAACAGGAAAGAUUGGAGAAGGAGAAAGUUUUACAGCAGGAGAAAGCCAUACAGAAAAAAAAGGAGGAGCAGGAGAGGGCCUUGGAACAGGAGAAAGAGAGAGCUAAGGUGGCUGAAAGAGAAAGGGAGAGUCACCUACCUCCAUUCAAGCGUGGCCGUGAGAUUGGUCUCACCCCCCUGCCCACUCCUCCCCCCCUCUCCACAGGACCAGGUAGACAGACUGCGACAGAGGCAGGACAGGAGAGUGGGGACGCCCAAGCCCAAAUGGCCCACAGAGACAGCCAGCCAGCAGAACCUGCUGCACCCAUUUCCCCUACUCAAUCCACACCUCUGUCACCCCAGUCCUCAUUCAAGAAGUUCCGGUUCAUAAGGGAUCCCCCAGCCCAGAUCCCAUCUUCUUCCACUCCCAUGGUUAUCAAGCGGCCCCGUACCUUCUCUGACAGCCCUCAGCCUCAAGCCUCACACCUCACCUCCCCCACCAAAUUUGAGGAGCGAGAGCAGGAAGGACACCAGCUCUCUGUUGAACAGGAAGAUCCAGAGUUACAUAGAAGCCGGGAAGUUGUUUCUGGACCUCAGGAUUCUGCAGGACUGCGGGCUGAGAAGGAGACCCACAUUGUUACCACACUGGUCUCAAGUCUCCGAGAAGAAAAGGCUUUAAGCCUUGCAUCAGACGACAAAGCCCAAGCGGAUUCGAUGGAAACAGAGCAAGAAGCUGCUGAAGAGUCAAUCAGAAAAGCAAGGGAGGUGGAUGAAGGGAAGGCUCCAUCAAGCCCGACAGGGGCUGCUCUGCAGAGGGGACGAGAUGCUAAGAAGGAAGAGAAACGUGUUAGACAAAGGUCCUCUUCAAACGACUCCUCUUCAUCAGACUCUGACUCCGGGUCCUCUUCGUCUCGGUCCUCUGACUCAUCCUCCUCUUCCCAGGAGAAACCUCACUCCGCCUCCAGUGGCAGAAGGGAAGGGAAAAUGGAGAAAGAGCACUCACCUCAACACAGGGCAACAGUUGAAGCCCAGGUUGAGGAUUCAAAGGAAACCUCAAAAGCUUCCCUCCGCAAAAGGGGAAUCAUGUCUGUAGAGGACAGCACCACUGUUGAUGGAGCUAGCCACAACAAGAAACAGUUCUUUGGAGCACCUGCCGGAGAAGAGAAGAAACUGAGUAGAAAGGACAGUGAAGAAGAGGAAAAGAACAACAAGCCAAGGGAAGCGAGGGACGCUGUCAUGGCAGAGCCUGAGAAGCUUCCAGAGACCAGUGAGGAGACACCUAAGGCCUUCACAGCUCGUAAGAUCUCCCUUAGCAGCAGCAAGGCGUCCCCGGGCUCUGGAAAUGCAGAGGGUGAGCAGGAGUCUGGGACUGCAGCAGGCCGUAAGAGGAGAUGGGGCUCCAGUACAGCCGUCACUGCCAAGAAACCUUCCAUCAGCAUCACCACAGACUCGCUUAAGUCUCUGAUCCCAGAUAUCCGGCCUUCUCUAGGCCAGGAGGCAGUGGUGGACUUGCAUCCAGAAGAAGCUGUCCUCUCGGGGGCUGAAGACGAAGAGAGGGAGCGUCCUGACCAGGACCUCCAGAUUCGGCGCACUGUCACACAGGUGGUGCACUCAGAGAACCAAGAGAACGGACAGAAGGAGGUCAAGAAGAGCAGAAGAGAGGAGUUGGAGGAGGAGGACCUGAGGGGAGACCGAGAGAGGUUGAGGGCCCACGAGGAGAAGAUGGACAGCUCGUUUCCAAGUGCCAUGGAAACCCAGUCACCCUCUCACACCAGCCAUGAUGUGGAGAUGAACACUGUGAUCCCCAGCGACACCCUCAUUCGUCGCUCAAUCAGCCAGCAAAAGUCAGGUGUGUCUAUCACCAUCGACGACCCCGUCCGCACAGCCCGCCAGCCCUCACCGCCCCGUGGCAAAGUCUCCAACAUCGUCCACGUCUGUAACCUGGUGAGGCCGUUCACGCUGGGCCAGCUGAAGGAGCUGCUGGGCAGAACUGGCACUCUCCUUGAGGACGGCUUCUGGAUUGACAAGAUCAAGUCUCACUGCUAUGUCACAUACUCCAGCUCAGAGGAGGCAGUGGCUACCCGGGCAGCUUUGCAUGGGGUGAAGUGGCCUCAGAGCAACCCCAAAGUCCUUAGUGUGGACUUCUGCCAGCAGGAUGAGUUGGACUUCCACAAAGGCUUAGGUGCAGCCGACAGACCAGGAGCAGAGGAACAGGGGCCUGGGGCUGCCCGUGGUCGGAUGGCAGGCCUGCCCUCUCUCCUCCCUGAGCGAGACCAGUGGGCUGAGCGCGAACGUGAGAUGGAGCGCAGAGAGAGGGCCCGAGCAGAGCGGGAGUGGGACCGUGACAAGGUCCGAGAGUUCGGAAAACCGGGUGAGGAGAGGGAGGGAGGUACUCGAAGGUCACGCUCCAGAGAGAGGCGACGCAAAGAGAGGGGGAAGAGUAAGGAGAAGAAGGCUGACAAGAAAGAGAAAGCAGCUGAGGAGCCUCCUGCUAAGCUACUAGAUGACCUGUUCCGCAAAACUAAAGCAGCUCCUUGUAUAUACUGGCUCCCUCUCACAGACGAGCAGUUUGUUCAGCGGGAAGCUGCCAGAGCAGAGCGGAUGAAGGAGCGUGAGAAACGGAGAAAGGAGCUGGAGGAAGAGGAGGAGAAGAAAAGGGAAGAAGAGCGCAAGGAGAGGAUGAAAGCAGGAAGUGGCACAACAGGAGACCGAGGGGAGGGAGAGAAGGACAAGGACAGAGACAGAGAGAGGGACAGAGACCGUGACAGAGACCGAGGGAGAGAGAGAGAGAGAGACAGGGACAGAGAGAAUGACAAACGCAGGGAUGGCUACCGUAGGCCGGGGGGCAGCGGGGCAGGUGGGGGCAGACGCUCCCGCAGCCGCAGCGACCCACGAGACAGGCGACGCUAACGCCCAAUCAGCUGAUGGAACUGUCCUAAAGACCGCCCCUCUGCGCUUUCCCUUUGCCAUGUACUUUGUUACGACUAAGACCCAACAGAGGACCAACUGAUGUAGUCACCAUCUCUCAGAUUGUCACCUUUUUUAAAGCACAUACACAAACCUUCACACAAUCAUGCUUAUAGGGGGACCAUGAUCUUUUGCAGUGUUCUCUCCCAGAGUGCUAUACGUCUUGCUCCUUUUGGGGUUUGAUAUGUUUUUCUUUUUUCCAUUUUCUUGUUUCUCAUGUUUUGUGUUUUUAAUUUGUUUUUGACAACAUAGCAGUAUGGCACAUCAGGUUAUUUUAUGUUCUCCCCAUGUAGUUCCAAAUUGUAGGUGCUGAUCACGACUCUCAAUCAAUUGUGCCGCCUUCAGUGUUUAACAGCUCUGUGAUUUCAAUAAGGAAUCAGUGUUUUGCUGCAUGCUGCAUCUUCUUGCCGGCCCUGCCUAGAGAGAAAACCUGGCCCUCUGUUGCAGGCUUGCAUUGAUCUAAAAAAAUUGGAUAGAUGUGUUUGGCAUUUUGUAUAGACCUAUGAGAUCACAAAAAAUCCAGGUCUGUAAAUGAGGCAGCUUAGGGGUAUUUUUGGACAGGUGUGGAUUAACUACUAAGGUAAUGCAGUGUUCUUCUCUCCCUCUGUUAAGCUGAAGAGACGUGACUGUUCUCUGUGGGGGAUUAUCCAUGUCUGUCAGACCUGAUACAGGUUGCUAUGAUGUCCUUUUUAUCCACUCAUCUUCCUCCCUCCUUUUACUCCUCUUCCUCUAUGGCUCUUACCCUGUAAUGUCAACACAGGUGCAAGAGAGGAAGUUGCAUUAUGAGUUUUCUCACCAAUGGUUUUAAUAUUUUUUUUUAAUCAUUCUAUCAUUUUAGUAUAAAGUUUUAUGUUUGUUUUUUAAUUUUUCCUUUUUGAGUACGCCUGUAAGUGGUGAAUGUACAAAUAAUAAAAAUUGAAGUUUGAAAUGA